AUAAAUAAUAAAAUACCUUUACCAAAACAAAAGACUUAAGAAACGAACACGAAAAUGCCUUUGGAAAAAUGAAUAAAUUAACAAAAUUUAAUUCACAUUAUAAACAUUUGCCUUGCGUUUUCGGUGGAAACAAAGUCCAACACAGUUGAUAUCAUUAAUAAUUUGAAAUUAGAAAAAAAAAUAAUUUUGCGAAUUAGUCAUGCACAGGAAACAGUUUAAAAUAAUACAUGACACACAUUGUACGCUGGCAGUCAGCCAGCCAGAGAACUGCUCUCAACCUCAGUUAACAAAUUUUCGUCAUCGUCUGAGGCCGUAAUUGUGUAGUCAAAACCUAAAAGAUUUAAUAACUGAGAAAACCGCACUGCCAGAAGAAAAUUUCAAGUGCCCUGAAAAUAUAAAUAAGUAAUCAUUUUUUUUUUUCAUUGUUCCCGCUUAAAACACAGAAAGAAGAAUUGAAAACACAGUGCACCCAAAGAAGAAAAAUUAAAAGAAAACAACAAGCAUUUUUUUUAAGAAAUCUCGUUAAAAGUGUUUGCGUGUGCCUACAUAAAGUGGGUGUGUGUGUGUCUUAGUGUGUGAGAAAAAACCCAAGAAAAAUAUAAAGAAAAAGAAACGCUCAUUUGCUGGCGAAGGGAAAAUCUAACGGAAAAAUGCAACAUUGAACAAAAUGCUUUUGGCCCUAAAGCAACAUCGAGUACUAGUUUGGCCAGCACUACUACCAUUAUUAUUGUUAUUACUAUCAUCAUCGUCGUCAUCAUCAUCAUCAGUAUUAACAUCAUUAUUAUUAGCAUUACUAAGGCAACCACGUUACUCCAACAGCAAAAAUCAGCAGCAACAACUACAACAAAUACAUUUUAGCAACGUAAAUUUAUUUUUUAAAACACCAAGUUUUCAAAGUGAUCUUAAAGUUGCUGUUGUUGUUGUUGUGUUUUAUUGCCGCCGCUGUGUUGGCCUGUCCACCACACCACCGCUUCAACCACCACAACCGCCAGCACCACGGACUUUGUUGCCACCACCACCACCACCUGUAGUACUACUAUUGCUACUUCUCUCAAACCUCUGCUGCAAAGUCAAAGCCGCCAAAUAAAGUGACGAAGACCACAACGAAAUUUACGGUGACGACGUCGAGCAACGUAAAAUGGAACCCUCAUAUGAUCACGAACAUCAACAUCAUUCUCAUCAACAGUCGCAGUCGCAGCAGCAACAACAACAACAUCUACUAACAAAUUACAAUUCAAAAAAAUACAAUUCACCCAUAAAUCGUACCCCAGAAUACAACAACAGCAGCAGCAACAACCCCGUAACCGGUGGCAGCGGUAAUGGCGCUGAACUUCAUGAGCAAACUACAAAUGCAAUUCUUGCCGACGGUCGUUUAGGUUCGCUACAUGAAACAGCGGCUGCAAGCGGCCAAAACAGCAGCACAACAGAUAUAUCCUACCAAUAUCGGCAUGGCAGUGAACACUCCUCGUCUAGCCUCCACUCACCGGUAGUACAUCAUCAUUCCACCUCAAGGUCUACACCUACGCACAACCACAACAGUUAUGACGGUGAUGCUCAUAAUGCGGCAGAUCCAAGUAGUGUUGUUGCCGUGUCGUUACCUUUGACCUCGCAGUGUCACAAUUCGGUAAUAAUGUCCAAUUCGUAUAUGGUCGCCUCAACACCUUCGCCUGGAUCACAUACAACACAUUCACAGCACAUACAACACCAUCCGCAUCAGCAACAGCAGCAACAAACAUCUCAGCAUUUAAUUGGUUCCAACAUACCCUCUAUGCUAGCCAAUGCGAAUUCAGCAGCAUCCUCGGCCACAAUGCUCAAUAAAUAUUUAACGCAUCCGAAUAUGAUGUCGAUUGCAAUGUCUUCGGAUACCGAGGAUUAUGCUGGGCACAUGGGUGUCGCAACAUCAUCGGCGGGCCUUGGUGCUGGCGGCGGCGCCGGUGGUGGUGUGAUGUCCGGUACUCUAAUGGAUAGCCCCAUGUGGGCCUAUGAUUACAAGGGUGAACUGUGUGCCGCCAAUGCCAGCUAUCUGGAUCAACGUCACAAAUUAGUCAACGAAGUUAAAUUUCGUGCUGUCGCCAACAAUCAGUCUAAAUGUGCCAAAGAAGCUAGAAUACGAAGGCCCAUGAAUGCGUUUAUGGUCUGGGCCAAAAUCGAACGUAAAAAAUUGGCCGAUGAGAAUCCUGAUUUGCAUAAUGCGGAUUUGAGUAAAAUGUUGGGUAAAAAGUGGCGAUCUCUAACACCUCAAGAUCGUAGACCCUAUGUGGAAGAAGCUGAACGUCUCAGGGUUAUACAUAUGACGGAACAUCCCAACUAUAAAUAUCGUCCACGGCGAAGGAAACAAUCAAAAAUGCGUUCCCUGCAACCCAAUGGCGUGGCAAAGGAACAAAAUGGAACCAACCCCAAUGGGGGUCAAUCGCCCAAUAAAAGCGCGAAUAACCAACAAAAAUCGGCGGCAACACCACCCUCAAACUCCAUGUCUUCGGGGACAUAUGAAACGAGUUCAAAUCAAAGGAACUCCACACCACAAAUACAAUUACCACCGACAAGUGGGGCCGUCACCACCAGUCUUUAUGAACAGACCUUAAGAUCGAACUAUUCUCCCAGUUCUUUGGAUUGUUAUAGUAAUCCGGAAUUAACAGGCGGCGGAGGAGGAGCGGGAGGUGGUGGAGCUGAUAAUGGGGAAUAUUUAAAUUGUCAACCAUCCUCAGCGACGGCACAAAGUGUGGAAAUGAGUUCAGGGAGGGCGGGAAGUAGUUUUGCCAUUGAGGAGUCGAAUGGCACUGCAUCGCCUAAUUCUUCAGCGACCUACAAGAAAAUUGGCUCAAGAAACCCUACCUUAACGGGUUCGCCAAAGAACCAGGGUAGAAAUCGCCCAGGCAGCAACACAAACUCAACGAAACACUCAAAAGAGUCACAAAAACAAAGUAAAGACAGCGCUGAAACAUCCAUCUCAUCCCAUACAUACCCGCUAAGUGCCACAUCGAUGUCAGUGGUGGCCGGCCGCGGCAUGUAUGUGACCUGUACAAAUCGUGGUCUCUUGGACCAUGGCCAUUCGGUUAAGGGUACAUUUUAUCCUCCUGUAUCGAGUCUGGAUGAGGAUAAACACCAUUUGAGCAGCCAUACAACGGCAAUGGCCCAUGCCAACUCCUCCGGUGGCAGUGGCAUGCAUUUGGGUUAUAGCUCACAGCAUUUGCAUCAAAGCGACAUCAAUUUUUCGGCGCUAGAUUCGACGCGUCUCGCACAGACAGGUGUGUCACCAUCCGGAGAUUAUUUGGUAGCCUCCAAUGCCUACAACGUAAGCCCAAAUGUUACCUAUGAGGAUUAUUUGCGUUAUACCUCCAGUGCCCAUGCAGCCGCUGCCCAUGGAUCCCAAUUUGUCGAUAGUGAUUACGUCUCGGCCUCAAGUGAAAAUAAUGCCGGCAAUAUUGAAGAUGAAACUCUCAAGAGUAUCAAUGCUUUGAAGCAGACCAAAUAUCCCGACACCAAUCACAAUUACGACAGCUAUGAAACCUUCAAUCCCAUGGUGGUAUCUACCUCCAGUGGUAGCUAUUAUAGUCAGUUGCCUUACUCGUUGGCUGGGCAAUCGUUUCCCCUCCAACUGGCCCUGCCAUUGCAGCAGAGUUCAUUGGCAGGGGGAGUUUAUGGUCAGGUCGCCUCUCACAAUCAAAAUCAAAGUUACCUUCAUUAUAAUCAUUACAGUCCCCAGUUGUCGACACAAAUGUCACACAUCGGGGAUAGCGGUAACAAUUCACCCUCGCAACUUGGUGGCGGAAUCAAUAUGACACAAACAACUUCCAGUGCCGCAACAACGCCUUCCUUGCCCGCCAGCCUUGUACAGUCGUCAACAACGUCUUCCUAUGCCAGCCAUCCGCACAAUCAUCAUCAUCACCAUGCCCAUAAUCACCAUCAUCAUCCGCAAGUUUUCGGAACGGUUCCAAACUCGGGCACAGUUUUGGGUGUGGGAGAAAUGCUUAUCGAAUCGAGGCGUGAUGAAGAAAUUAGUAAUAUUUUGGCUGGUGUACGCAAAACCUGCUAUAGUAAUUGAUUUUAUUUGGAGAGUUAUUCCGCAAUUUUCGUUGGACCACAACAUCCUGCGUUAUUCAACUUAAUCGCAUAUAAAACAUUUUUUUUUGCUUUUCUUCUUUAAUUUAUAAAAAAUAAAUUCAUUUAUACUGUAUUAGUAUCAAUAGUAGUUGUAAUCUUUUUUUUUUUUUUUUGUAUGUGUGUAGCAAGUUUUGUUUGUAUCAUUCCACUCGUUCAUGAGAUAUCCAUCCCAGUAUUGCAUCUUGUUAAAAAU